AUGCUUCCUGGUUAUAGAUUGCCCAGUAUUUAUUCAUAUAAGUAUGAAAAUGUUGACGUCCCAUAUAGAUCUGAAAGACUCAAGAUUUCCGAUUCCGAAAUGAAGCAAAUCAAAAAAAUCAAGGCAUCUCAAACCAACCUUGAAAGUUAUCCGCAGCCUGAAUUACCUGUUAAAUGCAUUAUUGAUACUGAUAUAGGAACAGAUAUUGAUGAUGCAAUGGCAAUACUCUACGGUUUGCAUUUAGAGAAUCUUGAAAUACUAGGAAUCACAACCAACUAUGGUCCAGCAGAUUUAAGAGCAGCAAUUGUUAGAAAGAUUCAAGAUGCCUAUCUGAAAUGUCACCCAGAAAAGAAAGUUUUCCCAAUAGUUGCAGGAGCAAGUUGUCCUCUUGGAUCUCACAGAGAUUUGUUCUUAGCACAGAAUGAAGGUCUUCCAUUCAUGAAAGGAAUGAUCGCUGAAUGCAUUAGCCUCGAUCAUAUGAAAUCACGAGUUCAAAGUGAUGCUGCAGACUUUAUGAUACAAACUUGCAAUCAGUAUCCAAAUUAA